GCUAUUGUCAUUUCACUUCUUUUUCUUUUCGGGUGACAUCGUAGACAACCAUUUCACAGGCGGUAAACUAUUUUCACAUAAGAAUUUUUUUAGCUUCGAAUCAGAUAAGAUGAUUGAAAAAGCGGUAGUAUCUAUGGUAAAAACCAAACCUUACCGGUUAAAGUGGAAGAAUAACUUGGAGUUUUUACUGUCCCUUAUUGGAUAUAGUGUAGGAUUGGGUAAUAUUUGGCGAUUCCCGUACCUAUGUGCCAGGAACGGCGGAGCUGUGUUCCUUAUUCCGUACGCCAUAUUCAUGUUUAUAGUGGCGUUUCCACUAUCAUUUUUGGAACUGUCAAUUGGUCAGUUUUCUGGUAAAAGUGCAUACGAUGUGUGGGAUAUCUGUCCAGCAUUCAGAGGUUUAGGAGUAGCAAUGGUCAUCGUCACAGGCAUGAUUUGUUUAUAUUAUACCAUGACCCUAGCCUGGAUUUUAUACUAUCUGGUCCAUUCCUUAAUGUCACCGUUACCAUGGACGACCUGUGACAAUUGGUGGAAUACAGACACGUGCUUUGUUCAUCAAUACAGAACCGACAAUUUUACCAGCACUGGUGGGAACCACACCAAUAAUCUUACAAGCAGUUUACGUAAUCUCGUCCAAUACGCAACAAACUAUUCAUCAUUGAUGAAUACAAAUGUUUCUUCGACGCAUGUGAAUAUUCCAACCAUUGGUCUUACUGCACCUGAAGAAUUUUGGAACUACAAUGUAUUAAGGAUGUCAACUGGAUUAGAUGAUUUAGGCAGUAUGCAAUGGCAACUGGUUGUUCCACUUAUAAUUAGUUGGAUAAUUAUAUUUCUCUGUAUAAUAAAAGGUGUCAAAUCCGCUGGAAAGGUGGUAUAUCUGACAGCUAUAGCACCGUACAUCAUUAUUACAAUCAUUUUAAUUAGAGCCGCUACCUUGCCUGGUGCCAUAGAUGGUGUGAAAUUCUACAUAAUUCCGGAUUUUAGUAAAUUAGCUAAUCCUCAGAUGUGGGUACAGGCGUUGAUGCAAAUAUUUUAUUCAGCGGGGAUGGGGUGGGGAGCAUUUAUCACAAUGUCUAGUUAUAAUAAAUUUGACAACAAUGUUAUGAGGGAUACCAUCAUUUUUUGUAUUGUUGGAGAAAGUACAAGUUUUUAUGCUGGUUUUGUGGUAUUUUCUAUCCUUGGCUUCAUGUCCCACCAAACUGGUCUAGACAUAGCCGAGAUUAUCCGAACAGGACCUGGGCUAGCUUUCAUUGCUUAUCCAGAGGCACUUAGUAAGCUACCAAUACCUCAAUUGUGGGCGGUAUUAUUUUUCUUGAUGCUUGUUUUUGCUGCACUGGAUACAAUGUUUGUUAAUGUGGAAGUAUGCGUAACGGCAAUAACAGACUUGAUCCCAAAAUCAACUCCAAAACUACGCUUAAUGAUUACAGCAGUCACGUGUUUCCUGAUGUGUUUGGUUAGUUUGAUAUUCACAUCUCAAGCAGGAAUAUAUAUAUAUCAGCUUGUAGAUUGGUAUAUGUCAGCCGUGACUGUCUUUCUAAUAACAAUUCUGGAGGUUAUAAUUAUUGGAUGGAUAUACGGAGCGGAUCGUUAUUUUGGUGAUAUGGAAAUGAUGCUAGGAAAGCGGCCAUUGUUCCUGUUUAAGAUUCUCUGGAAAUUUAUAAAUCCUUUAAUUCUAUCUGUAAUUCUUGUAUUUACUCUAGUUCAAUAUCAACCACCCACUUAUGGAAACUAUGUGUAUCCAUCAUAUGCUAGUGCUAUAGGAUGGAUUAUAGCUUUAAUAUCUGCUGUACCUAUACCUAUAUGGAUGAUCCUAGAAUUCAUUACUGGAAAAGGUCCAUUGUUACAGAGAAUAAAAUUAUCAUUUCAACCCAAUGAAAAGUGGGGUCCUGCCAAAGAUUAUAAACUGGCAAUACAAGCUGAUUGUAAGGAACUACAGAGUAUGAAAUCUUCAUUCAGAGAAUAAAACCAUCGUUUUAAAGUAAUAAUAAUGAGGGUCUGUACAUAUUUUCAUUGACAUCCACGGUGGGCGUCGCCCUUGACAAAUGAGAGCCAAAUUUUAAAAACAUCCAAGAUGGCAGGAUUCGAACCCGAAAUAUUCUAUCUCUCGACUACAGCUACCCUGUUCUGAUGUUAGGCCCACUGUUGAAUUAUAAAGUUGUUGAUCUGUUGAAAUAUAAAGUUGUUCGGUGUAUAUCUUUUAAGCGGUAAAUAGUUUAUUGUCAUGUUUUCCAGAUACGCAUACCCCCCUCCCCCCAGGAAAUGUUCAAUCCCCUUUCGUCCUUCAACCUAAGUUACUCAUUAGAUAGGGCGGGAGGUUUUUUGUCAUAAAUUUAGACACGGUUAUUAAUCUGGCACAUUCUGGGUUUCGUUCUAUUAACGGGAAACGAGUACGUUGAAAUAUUUUGUCAGAUGUGAAAUCGCAUUCCCGAGUACUCACUUCAUGAACAUAAAAUACAUUUUUACAGACAAUACAGGAGAAUUGCAGAAAAAUACACAGCUCCAAGAAUAUGGCAGUAUAUUUGACUCAAAAUUCUAACAUGCUGUCGUCUAAUUUCUAACGUCUAUUCAUGUAAUUUCUAACUUCUGUAGUUCUGUUCAUGUAAUUUCUAAAUUAAGACAAUGUAUUAUCCAACUUC